UAACCAAUCAAUUGAGAAGCAUAAUAUUCUCUCUCUCUCUCUGUCUCUCUAUAUAUACACAUACAUACAUAUAUGUUUACAUAUAAAGUAAUAUUUUAGCUAUAGUUAUAUGCACAUCGUGAUAUAUACUGAUAUGUUAUGAAAACCUUCAAGAAAGCUGCAUAUGCAUUGCUAUGGACUUUAAACUUCAGGAAGGAAGAGAGAGAAACUGUUCAGUAUAUUUUAGAGUCAGGGUCCUGGCACCUAGAGGUGAACGCAUGAGAGGCAGGUUCUUCUUUUCCUCGUAUACACACGGCCAUAUUUUCAGAUUAAGGAGCAGGUGGACAGAAUGGAUGGGAUGCAUUGUACCAGCCAGGGCUCGUGGUUUCUUUUUCCGCAGCCUAAACUCUCCUCUGUCACAUACUACCGUCUGAAAAGUUGCACACUGAGGACACACACCCGUCGGUCAGACAUGAAGCACUGUGUGCACUGCCCCUGAGGUGGUGCACUCGGGUCUACCUGGGCCCGGCAUCGGCAUCUCACCGUAAGUGGCCCUGUUCUUUUGGCCUUUUCCUGACAGACCUCGUCACAGCCACGCCCCGUCCGGGACCGAGGGUCUUCGGCGCUUGACAGAACAGGCUCUCACCACACCAGCCCGCUCCCUCCGCUUCCGCCUCGCGGGCAACGCUUCCGGCUCGGCGUGGCGCAGCCUGUUCUUCCGGGCUCGCAGAUUCCGCGCGCCCCCCACCCGGGAUGGCGACGGUCCCCGACCCGCCGGCUCCCCACGCCCUUCGGUGUGUUGGGCUGGAUUCGUUCCGAUCCUCUCGAGACCCAGCCGUACGGCGGUCCGAGAAGGCCGCGUCAGACUCGGCCACGGCGACCUGCACUAGACCGGCUCCCGGGUCCCCGGAAGCCACGCUCACCCACACCGAACUCGGGAGGCCACAGAAACGCCACACCUUACCCCAGGGUCUGAAAAGACCUCGCCUCACCCGUAGCCCGCCGCCCAGAGCCUGCGGCCCGGGACGGACCACGUGCGCCGGGCGCCGCGUGUGCACGCCCCGCCCCUGGGGAGGAGCCGCCGAGCUCCGGGCCACUUAGCCAGCCGGGGCUGCUGCGGGCCGCGGGCGGGCCGGAGUUGCGGGCUUUCUUUCCUAGGCGCUCCCGCUCUUUCUGCUUUCUUCCCUCCCCGGGCUCUUCCCACGCCUCACCCUGCCCACCUUCCCGGUUGGGACUACACGCUGGGCGCCCAGACCGUGGGACCGAAAUUCUUGGUGGUAACCGCGAGAAGAGAGAGCCCAGAGAACUGGAGGAAACUGCUCUGAUCUGACUUGGCUUCAGCCGGGAGCUGACUCCGCACGGUAAUAAGCAGCCUUUCCUAAGCUCUCUCACAGGUUCCAAGAUGACUUGGCUGAGAUUCCGACACAUCUGAGUCUGCUGGAGUGAUGACCUCAUGACCAGGUUGAUAGACAGUACUGCUUGUGUCUGACACAACUCUGGCUGCCCACGCUAAAGCACGAUGCUCCGGCAGGUGAAUGGUCACAGUUCAGGCUCUGAUGCCCAAGGUAGGGCAUCCCUCAAGGGAGAUCUCCAGGAGUUCCUGGGUGGGGAGGCCCCACUCCAUCAGCUGGAUGACCUCACCAAGGUGAAUCCUGUGACACUGGAAGCAGUCCUGAGGUGCCUGCAAGCCCGGUACACAGAAGACAUAUUCUAUACCAAUGCUGGCUGCACCCUGGUAGCUCUGAACCCCUUCAAGCCCAUCCCUGAACUCUACACACCAGAGCUGAUGCUAGAGUACCAUGCUGCAUCUCAGCCUCAGAAAUUGAAACCCCACAUCUUCACAGUGGGUGAGCAGACCUACAGGAAUGUCAAGAGCCUGAUCGAGCCAAUCAACCAGUCCAUCGUGGUCAGCGGAGAGAGUGGAGCUGGAAAGACAUGGACAUCCCGCUGCCUGAUGAAGUUCUAUGCUGUGGUGGCCGCCUCACCUACUUCCUGUGAGAAUCACAAGAUCGCAGAGAGGAUAGAGCAGCGGAUCCUGAACUCCAACCCUGUUAUGGAAGCUUUUGGGAACGCGUGCACACUGAGGAAUAACAACAGCAGUCGCUUUGGGAAGUUCAUCCAGCUCCAGCUGAACAGAGCCCAGCAGAUGAUGGGAGCUGCGGUCCAGACCUACCUCCUAGAGAAAACGCGUGUGGCUUGUCAGGCCUCCAGUGAGAGGAACUUCCACAUCUUCUACCAGAUUUGCAAAGGAGCCACCCAGGAUGAAAGACUCCAGUGGUACCUCCCUGAGGGAGCUGUCUUCUCCUGGCUACCCAAUCCAGAAAAUAGUUUGGAAGAGGAUUGUUUCGAGUUGACCAGAGAGGCCAUGCUCCAUUUGGGCAUCGACACCCCCACCCAGAACAACAUCUUUAAGGUCCUCGCUGGACUGCUGCACCUUGGCAAUGUCCAUUUUGCUGACUCAGAGGAUGAAGCCCAGCCCUGCCAACUGAUGGAUGGUUCCAAAGCCUCUGUCAGGACAGCAGCCACACUGCUGCAGCUCUCAGAGGACAUGCUACUGGAGACUAUGCAGAUUCGAACCAUCAAGGCAGGCAAGCAGCAGCAAGUGUUCCGGAAGCCGUGCUCCCGAGCUGAGUGUGACACCCGCAGAGACUGUCUGGCCAAACUGAUCUAUGCACGGCUGUUCGACUGGCUGGUAUCAGUGAUCAACAGCAGCAUCUGUGCAGACUGCAACUCGUGGACUGCCUUCAUAGGUCUGCUAGAUGUGUAUGGGUUUGAGUCAUUCCCUGACAACAGUCUGGAACAGCUGUGCAUCAACUAUGCCAAUGAGAAGCUACAGCAGCACUUUGUGGCUCACUACCUCAAGGCUCAGCAGGAGGAAUAUGCAGUUGAGGGCCUGGAGUGGUCGUUUGUCAACUAUCAGGACAACCAGACCUGUUUAGAUCUCCUCGAGGGGAGCCCCAUCAGCAUUUGUUCCCUCAUAAAUGAGGAAUGCCGUCUUAAUCGGCCGAGCAGUGCAGCACAACUACAGACGCGCAUCGAGAGUGCUCUGGCAGGCAAGCCCUGCCUGGGCCUUAAUAAGCUCAGCCGGGAGCCCAGCUUUGUGGUUGUGCAUUUCGCGGGACCUGUGCGGUACCACACAGAAGGCCUGGUGGAGAAGAACAAGGACCCUGUUCCCCCUGAGCUGACUGGGCUUCUGCAGCGAUCCCAAGACCCUCUGCUCAUGAUGCUCUUUCCUGCUAACCCUGAAGAGAAGACCCAGGAGGCACUGUCCGGCCAGAGCAGGGCUCCUGCGUUGACUGUGGUGUCCAAGUUCAAGGCCUCACUGGAACAGCUCCUGCAGGUCCUACAUAACACAACACCCCACUACAUUCGCUGUAUCAAGCCCAACAGCCAGAGUCAGCCACAGACCUUCCUCCAGGAAGAGGUUCUGAGCCAGUUGGAGGCUUGUGGCCUGGUGGAGACCAUCCACAUCAGUGCUGCUGGCUUUCCUGUCCGGGUCUCUCACCAGAACUUUGUGGAACGAUAUAAAUUACUGAGACGGCUCCGACUUCGCACAUCCUCUGGUCUCUGGGGCUUGUGUUCUGCCAAAGGGCCCUCUGAGCAGCCUCUCUGUGCCAAGGAGGCCACACUGCAGCCUCUACUACAGGACAUUCUCCAUGCUCUGCCAGCUUUAAUUCAGACAGCGACCACUCCCAGUGACCCAACUGAGACCACACAAGUCCCACUGUACUGUGGCAGGACAAAGAUUUUCAUGACUGACUCCAUGCUAGAGCUUCUGGAACGUGGACGUGCCCAGAUGCUGGAGCAGUGUGCCCGCUGCAUCCAGUGUGGCUGGAGGCGACAUCGUCUCCAAAAGCAGGAGAAACAGAGGCGGGCUGCCGUGCUCAUUCAGGCAGCUAUCCGGUCCUGGUUAACGCGGAAACACAUCAGAAGGUUACACAUAGCUGCCACGGUCAUCAAGCGCGCAUGGCGAAAGUGGAGAAUCAGAAUGGCCUAUCUUGCUUCUAAAGAACUGGAUGGUAUGGAGGAUAAACCCAUGCCUCAAGCUCCCAGUUUUCUGAGCUCCUCGCUGUCUCCAGCACACACUAAACUACUAGAGGCAAUAAUCCACCUCUGGCCCAUGGGACUGGUGCUAGCCAACUCAGCUGUGGGUGUGCGCGGCUUUCAGAGGAAACUGGUGGCCCAUGCCUGCCUCCGGCUUCCCACGGGCAACCCCAGCAACAACGUCCCGACACCACAACAAGAUCAGGCUGGCAUUACGUCCAUCAGAGCACUGCCUCAGGGCUCGAUCAAGUUUCACUGCAGGAAGUCUCCACUUCAGUAUGCUGACAUCUGCCCUGAACCUUUAGCCUCCAGUGUUACUGGUUUUAAUCAGAUUCUGCUAGAAAGACACAGGCCAGUCCAAGUGUGACUCUUCUACCCCCACCUGCCUACAUGAUCUUUAGUGCCUUUGUUUCCAGAGGCCGUUUCCUGCCAGCUGCCUUGCCAAAGACAUCUGAUCAACACACAACUGCCAAGCUAUUCCCACAGCGACUCCAACUGCGUGUGCAAGCAACAGCUUGUCUGUGAGCCAGGGCUUCGUGGUCAGAGUGCCAGCCAGCUAGGACUAUGGCCGCAGCACUGGCAGGAUCUGGGAGUGCUAGUUACCAAGCCAAGAUUGGGACUACAACAUCCCAGCUCACUGUCCCCUUCAGGCUGAGGUUCGGCAGAUGUGACUGUCCGUCCAGAAUGUCACUACAGCAGGAUAGAUACUGGACCAUCUACAAGCACUUUAAAAUGGCCAAAUCACCCUAAAAUUGGCUCUAAAAUUUUGGCUAGGGAAAACUUACAUAUAGUUUAUUAAGGAACAAUGCUAUUUAAUAAACUGAUUUAUUUAAUGAUA